CGGAGUGGGGGGGGGAGAAGAGAGAUGGAGGGGGCCACGACAAGCGUAAUGCUGUGAAGAGGAAGCAGGCGAACGCUCCCAGGCGGCAACAGCGGAGAGAACAGUGCCUGAAGGGGUCACGAACUCUGACCUUUCGCCAAAAAGGCACCCUCUUUUCCCCUCCCCCCACCAACAUUCCUCCUGCAACCCCCCCUCCUACGCUAACCCCUUCGGUGCCGCUAUCUCCGCCUUCCGCUGCCCCCCUCCUUGGAGGAAGGCGGCGGCGGAGGCCCCCCCCCCCGUCACGAACCAGGCCCAGCGAACCGUUAAGAGGAAGCCACAGCCAAGAUAGCUUGGCGCCAAAUCCUGAGGUUCAAACUGUCCAGUCAACCUUAUCUGAAACUCCAGUGAUGACCAGCCCUUCCCAGCGCAUCCAGAUAAUCUCCACAGACUCCACUGUAUCGUCACCGCAGCGUAUUCAGAUUGUUACAGAUCAGCAAACAGGGCAGAAAAUUCAAAUAGUGACAGCAGUGGAUUCAUCAGUAUCCCCAAAGCAACAAUUUAUACUUGCUAGUCCAGAUGGUACUGGAACAGGGAAAGUAAUACUAGCUGCACCUGAGACUUCUAAUACCAAGCAACUUAUUUUUACUACCACAGAUAAUAUUGUGCCAGGCAGAAUACAGAUUGUUACUGACUCUGCCUCUGUGGAACGUUUAUUGGCUAAAACUGAUGUCCAGCGGCCACAGGUAGUAGAGUACUGUGUUGUCUGUGGAGACAAAGCAUCAGGUCGUCAUUAUGGUGCUGUCAGUUGUGAAGGAUGCAAAGGCUUUUUUAAAAGAAGUGUGAGAAAAAAUCUGACAUAUAGUUGCCGUAGCAACCAGGACUGUAUCAUCAAUAAACACCACAGGAAUCGUUGCCAGUUUUGUCGGCUCAAAAAAUGCCUUGAGAUGGGAAUGAAAAUGGAAUCUGUACAGAGUGAAAGGAAGCCUUUUGAUGUACAACGUGAGAAGCCAACCAACUGUGCUGCUUCAACAGAAAAAAUAUAUAUUAGAAAGGAUUUAAGAAGUCCUCUGAUAGCAACCCCAACAUUUGUUGCAGAUAAAGAUGGGGCUAGAUCAGCCAGUCUUCUGGAUUCAGGGAUGCUUGUAAAUAUUCAGCAGCCUUUAAUACGGGAUGAUGGUACAGUGCUACUUGCUACAGAUCCCAAGGCUGAAACAAGCCAAGGUGCUUUGGGAACAUUAGCAAAUGUUGUAACAUCACUUGCCAGCCUUAACGAAUCUCUUAAUAAUGGAGAUACUUCAGAAAUUCCACAAGAAGACCAAUCUGCAAGUGAGAUUACUAGGGCAUUUGAUACUUUGGCUAAAGCACUUAACACUACAGAUGGUGCCACAGCACAGAAUCUAGCCGAUGGGAUGGAUCCUGCGGGUGGUGGAAAUAUUCAUGUCAUUAGUAGGGAUCAGUCCACUCCGAUUAUUGAAGUUGAAGGACCUCUCCUUACAGAUACUCAUGUGACAUUUAAGUUAACCAUGCCUAGCCCAAUGCCAGAGUAUCUGAAUGUGCAUUACAUAUGUGAGUCUGCAUCACGAUUACUUUUUCUUUCCAUGCAUUGGGCCAGAUCCAUUCCUGCUUUUCAGGCACUAGGGCAAGAUUGUAAUACAAGCCUUGUGCGUGCCUGUUGGAAUGAGCUCUUUACUCUAGGCCUAGCCCAGUGUGCACAGGUGAUGAGCUUGUCAACUAUCUUGGCAGCAAUUGUCAACCAUUUGCAGAACAGCAUACAGGAAGAUAAACUUUCCGGAGAUCGAAUAAAACAAGUGAUGGAGCACAUCUGGAAACUCCAGGAGUUUUGUAACAGUAUGGCUAAACUUGAUAUUGAUGGAUAUGAAUAUGCUUAUCUUAAAGCGAUAGUCCUCUUUAGUCCUGAUCACCCUGGUCUUACAAGUUCCAGCCAAAUCGAAAAAUUCCAGGAGAAAGCUCAAAUGGAGCUGCAAGACUAUAUUCAAAAAACUUAUCCAGAAGAUACUUACAGGCUAGCUCGAGUUCUAGUUCGCCUGCCAGCUCUUAGACUGAUGAGUUCCAGCAUUACAGAAGAACUCUUUUUUACUGGUCUUAUUGGAAAUGUUCCAAUUGACAGCAUCAUCCCCUACAUCCUGAAGAUGGAAACAGCAGAGUACAAUGGUCAAAUAACAGGAUCGUCUUCUUAGAAGGAAUUAGCUCAUCCUGUUGGACCUGAAUGUUAAUUUACUGAUUCCGUGGGAUAAGGUGUACAAAUGUUUUCAACGCUUUUCGUUUUCUUGUUAAAAAUUCUUUUAUUCAAAAACAAGGUUUAAAAAACCCUACAGAACUUUUUUCUAUGACCUAUUUCUGCCAGAACAAAUAUUUGAAUUUGUUUUUCUGAAAUGAUACAGUGAAUUGAUAAAUAUAUCUUUAAUAUGUCUUUUUAUUUAAGUAUUAUUUAUGAGUACACUAUAGCUUCUCUUAUGACAGAAUACACAUUAAAAAUAUAUAUUCUGAACUUUAGCUUGGAUCCAAAAGGCUCCAAGAUGUCUUCUGCAAAAGGAUUGCCCCCUCCCACAUCACAGCCCUUGUUCUUUCCCCCACUUUCCAAAAUGAAAUGCCACUCCAGGACAGCAUGAAGCAUAGCAUGCUAGUUUGUUGGAGAGAAAAAAAUGUUUACAAGAUAAAUGGGCUUUGAAUGCAGUCUAUAUUGUGUGCUCACUCACAUACAUGCAGAUAAUUUAAAAUUAGCAAGAUGUAGGAAUGGUCAGCACUUCCAAAGAAUGUUUUAUGAAAGUAAGAUAUUACCCUCAUAAUCUUGCUUCCUUGAAUAGGGUAAAUGAAUAGCAUUUUAAUUACAGAUAUAUACUAAUAAUUUCUAUGAAAACUUACAGCCAUGGCAGACAAUCAAUCAUUUAUGCUACAAAAUUUUUAAUUACAUUUGUUUAUUAAUAACAUGAUUCUUUUAAUGAUGUUUGAAUUAAAUUUUGCUAAAUGAAUAGAAAUGUUUAUAGCAUAGGAAAAGCAUAAUGUUUAUGGCUCAACUGUAAACUUGAUAGACUCUAUAGAAGUUAUUUACACUGAAAAACAACACACUACUUAUAGUGAGGCACUUCUGAGAAUUUUAAGAUGUUUGCCAAUAGUUUAAAAAAAAAAAACGUGGGACACAUCCAUCACUUUAAAUAAGAACCACAUGCCUUUUAUAGACAGAACAAUUUAAAAAAACAAAUUUCAUACUCAUUCCUUCUAAGAAUGAUUCAUUCCUUCUGGGAAGACUGACUUUGGCACAGUUCUGAUAUCACUAAAUUAGUGAGGAAUCUAUUGAUUAUUGAGAUGUUGCUUCUCAAAGGAGUCCUACAAUCAGUUUGGAGCACUCCAGUAACAGUGGUUCAACAUUCCUAAUGAUCUGCCAAAACAAUCUUAGAAAGGUGGGAUGAAAGCAAGAAGGAACUGUAAUAGCAGUGAAAGAGAAUACAUAUAGCCUAACUUCUGGGUCUUUGGUAUGUGUUUGGCUAUGUGGCAGACGGUUCAGCUACAGUAGAUCCUGGGUUCUGCCUAGCCUGGUCAUCAGAGUAUGAUCACAGCGGGGAAGUUUCUUAUAGUCCCUGCAGUAGAAUUCCAUGGAACUAUAAAGUCGUAUCCUAAGAAUUCAGAUUUUGAUUCAUUCAUUUUCUCAGCCUGAAAUCCAGCUUACAUUCUGAAACAUAUGCCAUGAUUUCUACAGAAAUGAUACCCAUAGUGUAGAAAAAAGAAUAGUCAUGUGUUUAUUUAUAUUAUGCUGUAUCUGUUUUCCCAAUAUUGUAUAUGUUCUAGAAUUAUUCAGAAUCUGAUAAAUCACCUGGAGUCAUAGUACUAAAAAUGCCAUGUACAAUCUGUCAAAAUAUUAAGGCUGGCCAAUUCUACUCAUAUCCAGUACUGCUUUUAGAUUUCAUAUUAUAUUGUACAAAACUUCUGUAUUUCAAAUCAUAGUUGUAAUUUUUAUUUCAUACAUACAUACUUUUUUCAAAUUGACUUUUAUAUGAAAACAUAUUUCAACAAGUAUGUCAUUUAUACUCAUUAAGUAUAUGGUGGUUUCAGUGAGCAUUUUAGUAGAGGCAUUUUAUAGUGAGUAUUUUAAAGAUGUUAAUAGAUGCAGGUACCAAUGAAGAAUAAGAAAGGUUAGUCCAAUUUAAUAGAUGAACAGAUAUUACAUAAGUAAUGUAGUCUUACAGAUCUCUUUCCUCAGAAAAUGUCACUGAACUCAGUGGUGCUUACUUCCAGUAUGUGUUCAUACUGCAUAAUUAUAAUUCAUUCAGUAAAUUCCUAGGUAUACCCAAUUUUUUAAUAUUUACUAUUCUUUCAUUAACUUAAACUUAAUUCAUAAAACACUGUUACACAGAAGCUGAAUUAGUAUACUCCCUGAUUUUUCUUAAACAGGAGCUUAAUAUAAUUUGCAUUGGAAAUACAUUCAGUGGGACUAUGACUAUAGAUGCAUUGGGAAGUACUGGAAAGUGUUGUAUAAUAUAUAUAAUACUAAAUAUUUAAAGUAACAAGAUCAGUUGGAAAUAGAAUUGAGUCUGUCCUGGAUCAUAAAACUUAAAACUAAUUACAGGCCAAAUUUAUGAAGUUAAAAACAUUGGAUGAGGAAAUAUUAAAUAACAAAUUAUAUUUUAGCUCGAUUUUUAUGCAAUCUGCAGAACAAAUUAUGUACACUAUUUUUAUUGUGAUAAUUUAUAACACUAAUAUAUUUUACAUGCUACCCUGAUUGGUAUGGUGACACAUAUAUUUUUAAAACUAUUAGAUUAUGUAUAAUAUUUAAUUAUGCAUAUCUAAUAAAAUAUAUGCAAUUUGAAUAAUAUAAAAAUAGUAGUUUUUAAAAUAAUGCAGUGCAAAAAGAAGUAAUUUGCUGAAUUCUGCACCAGGUUAGAUCCUCCACAAACCAUUAUUCAGAUAUUAAUUUCAUUCUCUUGUAUUAAGUUGAACAAAACUAGUUUACAUCAUUUGUUUUACUGAUCUAGAGUUUGGACCAAGCCAAAAUAAAUUUAAAUAGCACUAUUUUAAUCGCAUUGAGAUGCAAUAUUUCAAUUAUUUGCAUUCAUUAUUUAUUUACUUCCCAUUUCACCUAGCAGCUAGGUCCUAACUUGUGUAUUAUAAAAAUGUUUCUGCAGUUGUUCAUUAUCAUAGCAGAGAUAUGUAGUAGAUCUCACAACUAUAGUAGGAAUUAUUUUUAUAUUUAUGCUUUUCGCUGUGCCCAAGACACCAAGCAUUUAUUUAUUUAUUUAUUUAUUGUUUUACGUUUUGUAUAAUGAACUAUUCUAACCCUUUUAAACUUUUGGUUUUUAUAAAAGCUCUAGAAAGUUUUUGAAGCAUCUAGAAUUUAUACUUCCAAUUUUCAAGGAAAGAAAGAAGGGCAUCAGAAAAAGGACAUGCAAUAUAGGCCAUCCUUCAUCUUGUGCAACCUGUUGGAAUAUGUUUUCUGAAUAUAAUUUUCUUUUUAAAAAUGUAAGCAUUACUCUUGCUUAUGUGCCCACC